AUGAGCGGCGCCGGGAAGAAAGUUGCCGAUGUGGCUUUCAAAGCCUCCAGGAAAAUCGACUGGGAGGGCAUGGCCAAGCUUCUGGUCUCCGAUGAGGCUCGCAAAGAGUUCGCCUCUCUUCGUCGUGCCUUCGAUGAGGUUAACACUACCCUCCAGACCAAGUUCAGCCAGGAACCUGAACCUAUUGACUGGGAGUAUUAUAGGAAAGGAAUUGGGUCUCGCUUGGUGGAUAUGUACAAAGAGGCUUAUGACAGCGUUCAAGUCCCCAAGUAUGUAGACACAGUCACUCCUGAGUACAAGCCUAAAUUUGAUCAAUUGUUGGUGGAUCUAAAGGAAGCAGAAGAGAAAUCUUUGAAGGAAUCUGAGCGUUUGGAGAAGGAGAUUGCUGAAGUUCAAGAAUUGAAGAAGAAGAUAAGCACCAUGACUGCAGAUGAGUACUUUGAGAAGCAUCCAGAGCUGAAGAAGAAAUUCGAUGAUGAAAUCCGAAAUGACUACUGGGGCUAUUGA